CUCAGGAUCCCUCCUGUGACCAUUCGUAUUGGAGAAUAGGUGAAAUCUAGACAAAUUAUUCUUGAAUAUUUGAGAAAGAGAAUGGGACUUAUGUCAAGAAAGGAUCUUUGCUUGUUAUACAUUAAAGAUCUCCUUGUCCUGGCUGGUAGAAGGCUGAAGCCUUCUACCAGCCAGGGAGAGACGACCUUUAACGUAAUAAUUUUGGAUCUACAGACAUUUUCAUGAGUUCCAUACCGUCUAUUUAUUUUUAAUAAUUCGUGAGAAAGAUGGAAUCUUUUCAAAGCGGAGUACUUAUGCUAAAUCUUUCAAAAAUUGUUGGAAGAGAUGAUACUAAACCUAAACUCCCAAGGGCAGACUUGUCUGCCCUUGGGAGUAGAUUCAGUAUCCAUGAAUCUCAGAAACAUCUAAAAUUUUCAUAAAAUUGGAGAAAAGAGGGACAUCCUUGCUGAAGCAAAAUCUAAAAUAUUACAGAUGGUUUAGAAUAAUUUUCAGAAGGAUUCUAUCUCUUUGCAAGGGAGAUUCAAAAAAUUAUUAACCUGUGUUCCGUUGUUAAGAUUUUUCACA